AUGCGCGGGGUUAACUGGAAGGCGACUAUUGCAGUCGCCCUGCUAACUGGCAGUGCGUCUGCAAUCGACUUGAAUGUCAACGAUGAGACAUCCGUCAAAAAUGCCGCUAGCGUGGCUGCGAAAAACACCAUCUCGUUGUACGACGACCGAAGCGCGACGAAUAUCCCCGGCAAACUGGAUGGCGGCUGGUUCGAGGGUGGCGUUAUGUUCGACGCCUUGAUCAGGUACUGGUACUAUACUGGUGACUCUUCCAACAACGAUGCCGUGAGCGAUGGAAUGUAUUGGCAACGCGGAGACAACGACUUCUUCCCCUCGAAUUACAGCCAGUAUCUUGGAAACGAUGACCAAGCGAUGUGGGCUCUUGCUGCCAUGACCGCGGCCGAGUUGAAUUACCCUCAGCGAUCGACGAUGCCGUCCUGGAUCACCCUUGCGGAGAAUGUGUUCAACGAGCAAAUUGGUCGUUGGGAUGAGGAUAACUGCGACGGUGGCAUGCGCUGGCAGAUCUGGGCCUACGAGGCUGGCUACACUACAAAGAACGCUAUUACCAAUGGCGGCCUGUUUGAACUCGCCGCUCGUCUGGCUCACUUCACCAACAAUCAGACCUAUUCCGACUGGGCGGAGAAGAUUUGGGAUUGGAGUGCCACCAGCCCGCUGUUGAACAAUGCCACCUGGACCAUCUAUGAUUCAACCUCUUGUGAGAACGACUGCGCCACCAAAGGCAGCCUUCAGUGGUCCUACAAUUACGGUGUCUACGUGACCGGCGCCGCAUACAUGUACAACCUGGUAAGUCAGGAAACUAAGAUUCUCGAAGAAGCUAACUACCAAAGUCGGGUAGCAAUAGUGCCAGACCGCCAGCUAACAAUUAAGCAGACAGAUGGAAACACCAAGUGGAAGUCCGGACUCGACGGUCUCCUGAACUCAACAUCCAAGUUCUUCCCAACCCACGGCUACAACGGCGACGACGGCACGAUCAUGGUCGAGACCGCCUGCGAGCCCACCAAGGUGUGCGAUAGGAGCAUGGAGAUCCUGAAGGGCACCUUUAUUCAGGGUCUUGCCCAGAUUACCGUAGUUGCCCCUUACACCUCGUCAAAGAUCCUCCCACUGCUGCAAGGCUCCGCGACCGCUGCGGCAAAAACCUGCACCGGAGGCACCUCGAAGACUCUUUGCGGUGCUCGCUGGUACGAGGAAACAUUUGAGAAUAACGGCGACAUCGAGAAUCAGGUGGCUGCCCUCUGCCUCUUCACGUCUAACCUGGUUGCAUUCAACUCCCACGCCCCUGCCACGCAGUCUACUGCUUCGAACAGCACGGUCACGAGCAGUGGUGGAAAUGGCACCACUACGAGCUCGGGUGCUGCAGCGGCUACCAAGACUGGCAGCAAUGCCGGUAACGUGCUCGCCAGCAGCUCCGUGGGCAUCACCACUGCAGUGUUCGCAGCUCUUCUCGCUCUUUUCUAA